CAACGCAAAAUGAUCCUCACAAAUUGCGCCGCCUGCGCCGCCCCACUGGCCCACAACGCGCCGCGAUGCAUAAGGUGUCAUACAAGAUAUUGUAACAAAACUUGCCAGCAUGACCACUGGCGCCGCGGCCACAAGCAGAUGUGUAAGAAAAUACACCGCGGCGGCAACGCAGAACAAUACCACGCCGACAAAAAAUACAAGGAGGCCGUCGCGGAGGCCGUCGAGGCGUGCGCCGAGGACACGAAGGGCCAGACGUGCUUCAUUUGCACGCAGGCGCUCCACUGGAAAACAAAGGAGGGCCUCGUGCGCGGGUGUGCGUGCCGCGGGACGGCGGGUUUCGCGCACGUGUCGUGUCUGGCGGAGCAGGCAAAGAUUUUGAUGGACGAGGCCGAGGAGAACAAUUUGGGCGAGAAGGCGCGGAUUGAGAGGUGGAUGCGGUGGGAUUUUUGCGGCCUGUGCCAGCAGUAUUACCAUGGCGUCGUGGCAUGCGCGCUCGGGUGGGCGUGCUGGAAGACGUACGUGGGGCGGCCAGAGGACUCGGUUCGGUGCUUGGCGAUGAACCUGCUUGGGAACGGUUUACACGAUGCAAAACACCACGAGGAGGCAUUGCCCGUGAGAGAGGCCAUGUUAGCUACGAUACGGCGCAGUGGCGGAAUAGAGGUUAGCAUACUCGACGCGCAGAACAAUCUUGCGAACACGUAUGGAGCGCUUGGACGAUUUGAAGAGGCCCUGCGGAUGCGGCGAGACGUAUACUCCGGACAUUUGAAGCUCCACUGCGAGGAACAUCAGAGAACUAUCAUGGCAGCCAACAACUACGCGAUGUCCCUUGUGAAACUAGAGCGCUUCCAAGAAGCCAAAUCACUGUUAAUAAAAAUGAUGCCCGUGGCGCGGCGCGUCCUCGGCGAGGGUCAUGAACUCACACUCAAGAUGCGCUUCAAUUACGCGCGGGCACUUUACUUGGACACCGACGCCACGCUCGAUGAUCUCCGCGAGGCCGUGACGACGCUCGAAUGUGUCGCAAGGACGUAUAAGCGCGUAUUUGGCAAAUCGCACCCUGAGGCCCGAAGGGUCCAGGGCGGGAUGGAAGAAGCGCGGGCGAAGCUGGCAGCGCGAGACGUAGUUCUCUAA